CUUCGCCGUGCGGAUUAACGGGUGGUUUCCAAACUGGUCGCAGGAAUUAGGCGUUUGUCCUUGUCUCGCAAGUGGCGUGGGCUGGCUGAGGCCGGUAGUUGAGGUGCCGACAGCGGCUGUAGUGGGAGUGUUGGAGCAUCCGCUUGGUUGAAGCUUGCUGUUGAAGAUGGCAGACCCAGAUGUCCUCACCGAGGUUCCAGCAGCAUUGAAACGGCUAGCCAAGUAUGUCAUCCGGGGCUUCUACGGCAUUGAGCACGUGUUGACUUUGGACAUCUUGAUCCGAAACCCUUGUGUAAAGGAAGAGGACAUGCUGGAGCUGCUCAAGUUUGACCGGAAGCAGCUUCGGUCUGUUUUGAACAACUUGAAGGGAGACAAGUUCAUCAAGUGCAGAAUGAGGGUAGAGACGGCUGCGGAUGGGAAAACCACGCGCCAUAACUACUACUUCAUCAACUAUCGCACUCUUGUUAAUGUCGUCAAAUACAAACUGGACCACAUGAGAAGGAGGAUUGAGACGGAUGAGAGAAAUUCCACCAAUCGGGCUUCCUUCAAAUGUCCCGUCUGUUGCAGUACUUUCACGGACCUAGAAGCUAAUCAGCUGUUUGACCCUAUGACAGGAACUUUCCGCUGUACCUUUUGCCACACAGAGGUAGAAGAAGAUGAAUCAGCAAUGCCCAAAAAAGAUGCUCGCACACUUUUGGCAAGAUUUAAUGAACAAAUUGAGCCGAUUUAUGCAUUGCUUCGGGAGACAGAGGAUGUAAACUUGGCCUAUGAGAUACUUGAACCAGAACCCACAGAAAUUCCGGCCCUGAAGCAGAGCAAGGACCGAGCAGCCACUACUGCUGGGGCUGCCGGCCUGGCAGGUGGGCACCACCGGGAAGCAUGGACCAGCAAAGGCCCCUCUUAUGAGGAUUUAUAUACUCAGAAUGUGGUCAUUAAUAUGGAUGACCAAGAUGAUGUUCAUCGCACCUCGCUGGAGGGGAAAUCUGCCAAAGAGAGACCCAUUUGGUUGAGAGAGAGCACUGUCCAAGGGGCCUUUGGUUCUGAGGAGAUGAAGGAAGGUGGCAUCGAUGUUGACACAUUUCAGGAGCGUGAGGAAGCCCACACAGGGCCUGAUGACAAUGAGGAGGUCAUGCGAGCUCUACUCAUUCAUGAGAAAAAGACAUCCUCAGCGACAGCCGGCUCGGUGGGAGCAUCCGCGCCAGUGACUGCUGCCAAUGGCAGUGACUCGGAGAGCGAGACCAGUGAGUCGGAUGAUGACUCCCCGCCCCGGCCAGCAGCUGUGGCUCCCCAUCACCGGGAUGAGGACGAGGAAGACGACGAGUUUGAGGAAGUAGCUGAUGACCCCAUUGUUAUGGUGGCUGGCUGUCCAUUCUCCUACAGUGAAGUUAGCCAGCGGCCAGAGCUGGUAGCCCAGAUGACCCCAGAGGAGAAGGAGGCAUACAUAGCCAUGGGUCAGCGGAUGUUUGAGGACCUCUUUGAGUGAGCUUUCCUGCUCUCUCCUCCGUUAGCUCAUUUCAGAGAGAAACUCCCCACAAGUGCUUAAGUGGCUUCCUGCCCUCAUGUUGUAAAGCACCUGUUAAUCUAGUACAAAAGCAUAACAGGAGAGAAAGUUUGGUUUUUAUUUUUUUCUAAAUGUCAGAAACUUCCAAGAAAGGUAGGUGGGCUAUGAGUAUUCCCUUCCCUCUUAUUACUAAAGUAUUAAUAUUUUUCCGUAAUUCCUUAUCUUCAUAUUUAGGACAUAUUUCUUCUCACUCAGACUAAAAUGUUCCUGUCUACCUACAGACCCCUACUGGGGUAAUCUUAUCCUAAUAUGACUGUUUUCUGGUCAAGCAUUUGAAACAAUUCCUUGUAGUUCUGUAACCAAAGCAGCUUACCAAGAAGCAGAUUGCUGCUUAGGGGAACCCCAAAUACUUCAUCUUUCCUCCAAUUUGAGUUUGGGGUCAACCUGUAAAAGGGGCUAGAGAGAAAGAGAAGUUAGAGGAGAGGGCGCACACAUGUCCAGGGUUACAGAGAGCAGCAGGUACCAUGCUCUCCUGGAGACGUUAGAGGAGAGCAUGCACGCACAAGGGUAAGGGGGCUGUGUCCAGGAUUGAAGAACUGAGAGCGUGGGGACAGCGCCUUACAACUGCCCCAGUAUGAUUUAUUUGUACAUCUCCAUGUUUAGCUGAGCCUGGUCCCACUUCCCUCCUGUUCUCUAGGCCUUUGCCAAUGCUCUUAAUUAGGGAGCUUUUCCCAGGAGAAAGCAGUAGAAUGGCUGAUUACGCCACACCAUCAAAGCCUGUGUCUCUCCUUUGAGUCUUACAGACAUCAUAUCCUAGUGCUGCCCCUGAGACAUUGAGCAUUGUGACCUCAAGGAACAUAGGCAUCUUAGCAUGGUGUUAUUCCUCAAGGCAGAACUCUCAAAGUAAAGGACUUUCAUGUACGGUCUACAGCAAUUACAUCUUAGAGUAUUUCCCCUUGCAUUGUGACUUUUAAUUUUUGUUUUGUAGUAUGUGUGUGAAGCGAAGAGCAUUUUAGAGUAUCUGAGCCUUGUAUAAAGUGAUGAUUCAUUUACCUGGUUGUUGGAUGACUGAAUAUUGGGUUGACUUAUUAUUGUUUAAAAUUUGUUCAUUUCUAGCUCUGACAUUUUGGAACAUGGCUAGGAUGACUCCUCUUCCCAUUUAAAGAUGUCAGAGACUUCUGGCCAUCAUCUAAUAUCAUAGGUGCAGUCGGAUGCUAUUGCAACUCUUUUGGAAGGGGGCAAUGAAUUGCCUUAAAAUACCUUUUAUGUAUUUAUCUUAAAUACAUGAACUGUUCAACUUUUAAAUUUUGUUUUUUAAGCUUUCAUGGUUCUAGAAAUGUUAAUUUUUAAACCAUGAUUAAUGUUGAAACUGUGUUCUUUGUUGCAUUUUAUAUGAGUAUGUGUAUGAGUGUGCUUUUCUAUUGUGGAAAAUGUAUUAAUAAAGGCACUGAUUAAAGCAGUGUUGGAAUUAGA